GGAAAGCCAGAGCGAAAUGAAUCGAAAGCUAGCACGGGCUUUGAUGAUCUCAGGCUUCUUCGGCCCACGACCGAGGCUCGAGCUUGGCCAUGCAAACGGGGCACACCGAACGCCGGGCGAGCCACGUGUCGGCGCACUCCUGGUGGAACCCGUGGCGGCAACCCGGGACCACCCGGGCCGGCUCCUCUCCAGCAACCUCCUCAAGGCAGACCGCGCACUCUGUCCCCGCCGCCAGCUCCUUCCCGGCGACCUUCGGCAGCUCCGCAAGCUCCUGAGCCGACAGCCCUCCGCCUUGGGCCGGCUUGUCCGUUCUGACCCGGCGAUCGGCGCCGGAGACGUACCGGAGGAGGCAAACAUAGACCAGGAGCACCGCGCUCCCGCCGGCGAACGGAAGACAGAGAGCCAUGAACACCGAGAGAAGCAUUUUCUCUCUUUCUUCCUAGGUCUUGCUCUCUCUCUGUGUGUUGAACUUGAGAAAAUGUUGAAGGUGGGUGGAGAGUGUUGUGGAGCAGGCCAUCGUCGAUUGGCUUUUUCGUUUUCUGUUUUCAAGGAAAGGCUCGGGACGAAAAUGGUGAGCGUUUCUAGGGAUCGCGAGGAUCUUGUCUGGUCCUCCGCAUAUGCUAUUGCUGUACCUCCGUCCGAGCAUCGACCUCUGUUUUCCUCGCUAUCCAUUCGAUCCCGUCCGAUUCAGUUCCCGGUCAAAACGACGGCGGCGAUGACGUGGAGCUCUCCGGUCCCGGCGGCGCUGCUCUGGGCGCUCUCCUUCUUCGCCGCCCACCGCGCCCUCGUCGGGAGCGCCCAGUCGCUGCCGCCGGCGAGGUUCGACGGGUUCGUGUACGCGGAGCACCGGGUCGACGCCCGCACCGUCGUGAUCGAGGCCUUCCUGGACCCGGUCUGCCCGGACAGCCGGGACUCGUGGCCGCCCCUGAAGCAGGCCGUCGAUCACUACGGGCCUCGCGUUUGGCUCGUCGUCCACCUCCUCCCUCUGCCUUAUCAUGAUAAUGCUUAUGUUGCAUCUCGUGCACUGAGCAUUGUGAAUUUGCUAAAUACAUCAGCAACGUUCCCACUGCUGGAAUUGUUCUUCAAAGAGCAGGUGAAGUUUUAUAAUGCCCAGACUGUAAACAUGUCAAAGGCAGCUGUGGUGAAUUACAUUGCAAACUUUGCCACACAAGUUGUUGCGAACUCCUUGAAAUAUGCAGUUCUGUCAGGGUUCCAGAAUAGUCAAACUGAUCUUAAAACAAGGGUUUCUUUCAAGUAUAGUGCAUCAAGAGGAGUAUUUGGCACGCCUACUUUCUUCGUCAAUGGAUUCUCGUUGCCAGAUAGUGACUCGACCAUAGAUUAUGAUGGAUGGAGAAGCAUUAUUGAUCCACUGAUAGCUGCACAAGGAGAUCCACUCUCGGCAAAUGUUUAUCCUUAUUAACGAUUUUGCUGUCAAUGAUAUGUAGUUAUUCCAAAUCUCUCUGUCUCUCUCCGUCUCCGUCUCCGUCUGUCUGUCUGUUUGUCUCUCUCUCUUUCUGUAUGCUUUUUAUGGAUUUAACUCCGCGGUUCAAAUGUGCUAUGGUAGGUAUCUUUGCUACACUGUAUAAAAAUAAGACUUUUGAUAUGUUGAUGUACCUUAAGCAUGUUGGUUCUGUGCAUAAUUAAGUGGUAGUAUCGUGACGGUCGACA